CAAUCAAUUUUAAACAGAUCAUAGUGCGCACACGACAGCACUAAUCUCUGUGUCUUCUCUUGUUACAUAAUUUCAUCACUGUUGAUUUUCUCCUUCCUUCUAGCUUGUGAUCACAAAUUGAGGGGAAAAAAUGUGGAACAAGAUGAAUUUUCAAGAUGAAGCAGCACAGUUGAUCAACUCAGAUUUCAGAGACUUGGGUGAAGCUGCUCAUAAACUCGCUGAUCAUAUUCUUAAACUCGGUGGUUUGGGAUUUGGAGCAUCUUUCUUCGGAUUCUUUGCUGCUGUUGCUGCUAUUUACUUGUUGGUUUUGGAUCGCACAAACUGGAAGACUAACAUUCUCACAUCACUACUCAUUCCAUACAUUUUCUUCAGUUUACCGCAACUAGUUUUCGGUAUCGUCAGGGGAGAGAUUGGAAAAUGGAUUGCUUUAGUUACUGUUGUGUUGAGGCUUUUUAUCCCAAAACAUUACUCUGAAUGGAUGGAUUUACCUGGUGCUUUGGUGCUUCUGAUUGUUGUAGCUCCAAAUGUAAUUGCAACCACCUUUAGAGAAAACAUUGUGGGAGUGAUUGUGUGUCUUGUCAUUGCAUGUUAUUUACUACAGGAACAUAUUCGUGCAUCUGGCGGUUUCAGAAACUCCUUCACUAGAGCAAAUGGCGUGUCGAAUUCUGUUGGCAUAAUACUUCUGUUGGUUUACCCCAUCUGGGCGCUUAUCGUUAUCAUUUUUUAGGUACUGCAUUUGAAUUUGACUGUUAAGUGUUGUGAGUGAAUUAAGCCAGUUGUGUUGUGUAAUCAUUCAUUUGUUGGAUGUUGAUGUCAAAUACUGUCAUUGUUUGAUGUAAUGUAUCACCUUUGUUGUUUCGUUUGCAUGUUUAACAUAUGAAAUCAAGUCUCUUUCGACA